GCUGCCUUAGGUGGAGGGUGGAUUAUUUUUCUCUUAGUUCGCCUUGUGUUUUCCACUCUGAAAGAAUGUUGUGGCUAUUCUUUUUUCUCAUGACUGCUAUUCAUGCUGAACUCUGUCAACCAGAUGCAGAAAAUGCUUUUAAAGUGAGACUUAGUAUCAGAACAGCUCUGGGAGAUAAAGCUUAUGCCUGGGAUACAAAUGAAGAAUAUCUCUUCAAAGCGAUGGUGGCUUUCUCCAUGAGAAAAGUUCACAACAGAGAAACAACAGAAAUUUCCCAUGUCCUCCUUUGCAAUGUAACCAAGCGGGUGUCAUUCUGGUAAAAAAAAAACCCCCCCCUUCCUGCGGAUGAGGUACAGUCAGCCAUAAGAAUGAAUAGGAACCGGAUCAACAAUGCCUUCUUUUUGAAUGACCAGACUCUGGAAUUUUUAAAAAUUCCUUCCACUCUUGCACCACCCACUGAACCAUCUGUGCCCAUCUGGAUUAUUAUAUUUGGUGUGAUAUUUUGCAUUGUCAUAGUUGCAAUCACGCUAUUGGUUUUAUCAGGAAUCCGGCAACAUAGAAGGAAGAACAAAGAACCAUUUGAAGUGGAUGACACCGAAGAUAAGUGUGAAAACACGGUCACAAUUGAAAAUGGCAUCCCCUGUGACCCCCUGGACACGAAGGGAGGGCACGUUAAUGACACCUUCAUGACAGAGAAUGAGCGGCUCACCUCCCUCUGAAGGGCUGCUGUUUUGCUUCCCCAAGAAACUCAACACUUGUUUCUGUACAACUGUCGAGCACCACAAAUGAUCAAGGACAGAUUACAUAUUUUGUGUCACCGUUCUUCUUUUGUAAGAAAUUUUGAAUGUGCAUGAAAGUGAAAGGCAAUCAGUUAUAUUCAUGAAGACCAUUGGAAUCAUAAGCCGUUGACUACUCCAAAUAUUCUGAAAUAGUUCUCUGAGAACACAGUGUGUAAGGGUAGUCAUGCGGUGUUUGUAUUUAUUGAUUUAAAAAUGCACCAAUAUUUAAACAUUUCCAGAAAUAAGGUCAUGCCAUACUCUGUAUACCUAAGGAAAAUGUAUAUAUCAUACUCUGAAUACCUAAGGAAAAAUUUUUUUCCAGUGGAGAAUACCUAUAAUGUGGAGAAGAAAUCAUUGAAAAUGGGUCCUUUUUAAAUAUCGUUUAUAUCACAUUGUAUACAACUAAGUAAGCAAGAAUGAAAAUUAAUUAUGGUAAAUAGGAUGGAUAAAAAUGGGAGUGUCGAUACACAAGGUGGAAUUUGAUCUUGUAGCAUACCAACAGUUGCGUUUAUAUUUUCUGUCAGCUUUAUUUGUUGGUUAUUUCUGCAAUAUUAAAAGUACAAUGUAUGAUAAUUUAAUAAAGUGAUAAUCAUCUCUUUUUGAUUAUGUGA